AUGCCCGACUUGCGAGCCUCCCAUAUUCGGCGAAUAGCUGAAUUACGAUCGAGAGGAGCCGAUAUGUCGGACAAGAUGCACAAGAAAGAAGACGAAAAGCGCAUGGUCGAAGCCACAUUCAAGAUGUAUCACCCCGAAACAGACGCAGAGCGAGAAAUGAAUUUGUUGUGGAUACGACGUCGACAAGAAGACGAUAUGAAGCGCAAAAAGGACGAAGAAGUCCAACAGGCUGUCCAAAAAUGGGCAAUGGAUCGGAGUCGAGACGAGUCGGAGAAUCUGAGGAAGCGGGAGUCGACCAAGUUGGCUGCAGGACUCGGUCAUAUACUGCAGGAAGGAGUCGACCAAGAGAAGCCAUUCGCGCGACAAAGCUCAAGUUAUCAUUUACACGUUGACUUAGCUGGAAAAGCGGCGCUCGCCAACCAGUCAACGGCUAAAGAAGCAGCCAGCUCAAAUCGUCAUCAAGGGCAAGAAAACGUCGACGUCGUCAGGUGGCGGUAUGCACUUCCGGAAUCAACUGCCGCCAAACUACGUGCCUCCUGGACUACUCGCAGCGUCGUCGGUGCCUAA